AUGACGAUAACUCCCGAUGAUGCUCAACAAAUUCUAGACCUCAAAGUUGAUGGAAAAGCAAACGAGACAGAGUCUGUUCUUGAGAAGAAGGAUGGUCGUCUAACCAAGAAGUUUAAUCUGAAGAAGUUGAGGGACACAUUAUCCGGGACCAAGAAAAUCUUUGAUACGGAAGGAAGGUUGAACCCGGUGCGAAUAAAUGCUACCGCGUCAGCUUAUUUGCUACACGUCCUGGAAAAAUGUAUCUUCCCCGAAAGUUCCGGAAGCUUGGUAGAUGCCAGUUAUAUGGAACUAUUGGAUCCCUUAGAUAAGGUGCUUGGGUAUUCUUGGGGUACUCCGGUGGUCGCCUUCUUGAACAAUGAUUUGACAAAGUGUUCUAGGGCACUCACUGCGCAAGUUAACGGAAACACAUGUCUCUUCCAGGUUUGGAUAUAUGAGCCCUUCCCUUCUUUGUUCAAAACCAACUCAUACGUCAAAGUGGAUGCGAAUGUUGCGGUUGAUAAGCCAAGAGCGCAAAGGUACAGUUUUAAGGGUACUCAGGAUAAGGAAAUACCGCAAAAUCUUAUCAAACUCCGAAUCGCCAUCGAAAAAUUGACUGCGGAUGAUGUGAUAUUUGAUCUGUAUCGAGAUGAUAGAAAUCAAGGUUUAAUCCAAAGGAGAGAUGAAAUUGCAUUAUACUACGGAACCUUGUUGUGCUCACCGGGAUAUUCAAUGUACGAUCCACAUCAGGUAAUACGACAAUUGGGUUACAUCCAAGAAGAACCUCAUUUCGAUGAAGAAAAGACGUUCUUUACUUUGUUAAAGGAUGACUGCUCCACGUCCCAAAAAACUAUCAGCGUCCCUUACUUUCCUCCGCCAUCUCUAGAACAUUGGAACGGAAGACGUGGCUGUAACAUCGACGUGAGUCUUUUGGACGAGGUGACCACCGAUAAUGAAGUUAGUGAGAGAUACAUGGCGUGGUACUUGGGUUGGGCUCAUCCUACUAUGCUUAGGGAAAUGACUGCUGAAGAAUUGGCUCGUAAGAGAAAGAUGGCAUCGAAAGACCCAGCAGCAAGUCUUAAGUUCUUUCAACUUGAGGCUGAAGUAAAGAUGGAAGAAAAAGCUAGGAGGGAAGCACAAGCCAAGCUGAAUGGUGACAAAAAAAGGGCUCGUAGCGGUCGUGGUGGUGAAGGUUUGUGGGACUUGUUUUCAUAUUUUAGACAAAAAGUGUUGGAUUUCUAG